CAGUUCAGUGUGUCCCAAGAAGAGAUGCGCGGUUUGCGGACACACCCGCGGAUUCCGCUGAUAAACUGUGGGUCAGGCGGGUGACAUGAUGAAAGAAAUAGAUUUUAAAUAGAUUUGGGUGGGUGGCAGUUGAACCAAUAGUUAAAUGUUGUUACCCAGAUCAAUCAAUAAAGGUUCAUCUUUGUUGCGAAAUUGUUCACUGUUUCACUGUGUACCCCGCCAUCAUCCCUAUUUGAGCAUUAUAACGUUAACGAGUUAAUAUUCAUUGAAAUAAAUUCAAAACAUUUUUUUUUACCUAACGAAAAUAUGGGCCUAAAGUCUUUCUAAAACAUUUUUUUAACUUCUUAAAAGCAUCGUUCUGCUUGCUGCAACUGCGCACACAAAGUGUGAGGAACGCACUCCUGAUCUGAGGGCAUUGGCAACAAUAGUCAACACUUUCUUAACGGAAAUGACAAUAAUAUUAUAAUAAUGAUAAAUAAUAUUAUCACGCAUUAAUAUCUCUUAGCCACUAAUGCAUGGCCAAGAGAUAUUAAUGCGUGGCACGCAUUGAAUGUCUCUGCUGCAUUGGAUCAGUCUCCUUUCUUCAACAGGGAAAGGCUUUCUAACCUCACUUAUGCCUUGCAUCGUCUAUAUUAGAUGUAUAACAAUGGGCGGGUGGCGGGCGGGUGGUGGUUUUGAUAAAAUGUUGGUUCGGUUGGAUGGUGGGUGGAUGACAACUUUUGUGAUGCGGUUGCGGAUGAAAUAAUUGUCGAGGGAGGUGUUUAGAGCACGUCCAACCGGUAAGAGGCCACGGGGAAGACCCAGGACACGUUGGGAAGACUAUGUCUCCCGGCUGGCCCGGGAAGAGCUAGACGAAGUGGCUGGGGAAAGGGAAGUCUUGGCUUCCCUGCUUAGGCUGCUGCACCCGUGACCCGACCUCAGAUAAGCGGAGGAAGAUGGAUGGAUGGAUAAUUGCCUACCCGCGCAUCCCUAGUCCUAAGUUACCAGAGAAUGUUAGGUAAGGAGGAGGAGUUUUGUCCCUCCAGAGUUGCCGUAGAGCUGUGACGUAAGAGGUCUAUACAGGUGGGUUGUUGAAGAAGGUGUAAAGGAGAGAAAAUGAAAGAAGUGGUAGAGAGUGGACCUGCUCUAAUGACUACCCUUUAUUAUUUUAUUAUAUUAGUACACCGAAUAUGCAAACCCAGGACACUCGGCUACAUGUGUGUGUGUGUAAAGCCAUAUACUCACACAAAUUCCGUAAAUAAUCCAUAUUUUUAUUGCACAGCAUCAUCGUUUCCACAACGUUUUGGUUGUUAGAGGAAGAACGCGUUUUUAAAGUAAAGUAAUAAAUGUUUUUUAAAGGCACAAAAAACAGGUCGGGUAUUGAGAAUGUGUAUAAGGAUUACUACCAUGAAUUGAUUAUCGUGGACCCUGAUUUAAACAAGUUGAAAAACUUAUUCGGGUGUUACCAUUUAGUAGUCAAUUGUACGGAAUAUGUACUGUACUGUGCAAUCUACUAAUACAAGUUUCAAUCAAUCAAUCAAAAAGGAUGACAUCUUCAAUCCUAUUGGCGCAGCUUUGCAUCAAUCACCGUCACAGUUCGACUUGUGGGAGGGGCUAAAAGUUAUUACUAAAGCGAGAUUAUAAUACCGACAAAUUCAAUUUUUGCCCGAUUCAACGUUUGUUAUGUGUGGCUGUAGAAUAAUCCAUUAAAACAAUUACAAACUGGUAUUACAGGGCAGCUGUUGCACUGGUAAGUGCUGAGCCCUGCGUCUUGUUUUCCAAUUGGGAAGCCGCACACAAACCCUCUCUCCCAUUGGCGGAGUUGUGCGUCAAUCACGCUCACUUCCACUGUUUGACUUGUGGGCGGGACUAAAAGUUAACUAACUUUUGAAGAUAAGUCAAGCUAGCUAGCGUCAAGACGGAAGCUCAAACCAUAGCUCGACAAUAUAGCAACAAAAGGUGACAUUUUUACGUUCAUAAUUACAUGUUACGUAAAUUAAUCAGAACAAUGGAGUGAGAUCCCGCCAACAAAAUAAAAAACACUUUUAUAAGUGUAAAUAAUGUUAAUAGAAAAUAGUUGACCGGAAGUUGUAUUUGUUAGCUCCCAUAGCUUCACACAAAACUUUCUUCCCUCCCCCUUUUGGGUCUUUUUCACUCAUGACCGCCUCCAUCCAUCCGUCCGUCCAUCCAUCCAUUGUGGACUCGACGCCAAUGGGGAAGCGGGUGCCGCUCGCUCGCCACGCCGAAGAAGAAUGGAGACGGUGGAGCAGCUCGUCUCUUUCCACCAUAUUCAGGUGCAGCUGAGCGGGGGAGCGCCGUGGGGCUUCACGCUCAAGGGCGGCUUGGAGCACGGAGAACCGCUCAUCAUCACCAAAAUCGAGGAGGGAGGAAAGGUGGCCCAGUGCAAGAAGCUCAAAGUGGGCGACGAACUCAUCAACAUAAAUGGCUCUGCCCUCUACGGCAGUCGACAGGAAGCGCUCAUCCUCAUCAAGGGCUCCUACAGGAUACUGAAGCUCGCUGUCAGGAGGCGCAGCCUCCCAAUCAUCAGGCCUCACUCCUGGCAAUUGGCAAAGGUGUCCGAGUUGCCCCUUCCGCCCCCGCCCCCAUCUCCACCACUCUGUGUCCCUCCACCGGCCGACUACCCCGCACUCCCUCCGCCUCCCCCUCCUCCUGCCAUGCAGCUCCAUCCUGGCGCGUACACACUAGCGUGGCACACGAGUGACAACAGUGAUUUGACUAUGCAGUGGGGUCAGCUGUCCAGGCCGUACUCAUCUACAGAUCGAAGCAGUUCCCUGGGCUCCAUGGAGAGCUUGGAUACGGCCACGCCCGUCACACAGCCUUUCUCAGACUCCCUCAGUUCCCCCGUCGACCCAGCGCUCUUCAACAACAAAAGAGACUCUGCCUAUAGUUCCUUCUCUGCCAGCUCCAACACAUCUGAUUACGCUACAGUGCCGCUUCGGCCUGUUGACGUGUAUUCCAUGGACAACUUCUUCCAAAGUCUAGGGCCGCCUUGUUUUGCCUUUCCUGGUAGGGAUGCUGCAAUGCUCGGUAGUUCAUCCGGCGAGGCACCGAAUGGAGCGCAGCUCAUUGGACUGAAGUCCAGAUCACUGACCAGGCCAAGGCCGAGGCCUGUAGAGGUGAAAGAAAGGCCUUCUUCCUUUUCUUAUGAGGAGGAAACAAGGGGGGUAGAGUGUGAUAUCAUAAGAAAUGGGGAAGAUGGAUCAGAAAUAAAAAUGACUCACACUCAGUCUCCAAACAGAAAUGACAGUUUUAAAACAACCAGGACUUGCCUUAAUCUUCCAAACAAACGCUGUGCUUCCGCUCCAAUUGAAAUGUGCACUGUUCCUUGUUUCUUUAAUGACAAUACGUCUUCUCCAAAUGAUAGACCAGGAAUUCAUAAUGGCUUCCUUCAAGAAGAAGAAGGUAAUACUAAACAUGAUAGCCAAAAUGAACAACGUAGUAGCAAAAUGAGUGCUCAAAAAGACUACAGUGACAAAACGACGACAGAUCACUUCUGUGACCCUGUUGGGUUAUCUCUGGUUUCUUCAGAACCCUCAGGGGAGGCUCAGGGACUCUCUCAUGUCAUGCGCUCUCAGACCAAGCACACUUGUACAGGUCUAAACCAGCAAAAUGACCCUAAGAAUGUCCCACAACUUCAGUUUGAGCAGUUUAACAGCGACAACUCCUCACGAGAGCUUUCUAGUCAAUCAGAUCCCCCAUGUAGCACCAAGUGGUCCUGUGUACCACCAUGCCUCAUGAAAGACCAACAACCCUCAAACAGUCAUUCUCUGGAUCCACCAAACAAAACGGACGGAAGCCGCUGCUCAACCCCUGGAUCUGUGUUCUUGGAGUUGGAGAUGGAAAAUGGAAUGGGAGUACGGGGCAAGUCCCUUCUUCUGGUUCAGCAUCACCUCCCUUGGGGUCGCUCUGUGAGUGUACCUGAGGAGACAACAGAGCCAUCUGUACAGGGUAUUUUGGGGUCUAAUCAAUUACUUGUACAAGAUUUUCAGCCUCUUAGUGUUGCUGCAAGUGUCGACACUUUAAUGGAGGAGCGAAGUGCAGAUGAGAGCAGAGGAGUGGGUGAAAAAUCUGAGGAAAAUGCCGCAGUCGAAGCUACCAUGAAAAAGUCAUCAAAAUACCAUCGUCGAAAUUGCCGCCGCAGUGAACGCUUUGCAACCAACCUUCGAAAUGAGAUCCAGAAGAAAAAGGCUCAACUGCAGAGUAGCCGUGGCCCUGGGGGGUUACUUUCUAGUGGUGAAACUGUUCAAGAAGAGGAGGGUACAGAUCUCCAUGAGGAGCCUGAAGAAGCGGACUUUGUAGUCAAAGAAAGAAGCACCAAAGUUGUGUUUGCAUCAACUGCUAGUCCAUUAGACACAGUACUAUAUGAUAAACCAAACACUUCAUGUCAAACAAACUGUGAUGAUCCAACUGCUCAGCCUCCAUCCACAAUGACAGCCAUUCAGAUUGUGGACCCACAAGUGCCUAAUUUUGGUGUUGGUGUCCGAGUAGUGGAGGAACCAGCUCCUGCGGGCAAAGCUCGCCGAUGGCGCUGGACUCCUGAGCAUAAGCUCCAGCCAGAACCAAAACCAAACAGACUGCAUGGAGUUGUUGGAGAUGGCAUGUUAGGAGUCACUCAGUCAAGGCACGGGGCGUGUGCCUUUACCUCCUCUUCCAACCCCUCUGGUGGUCGCUCCUCUUCCUGUUCUCGGUUGGAGGACUCUGACAUCCUUCCAUUUUCAGACAGGAGGAAGUUUUUUGAGGAGACGAGCAAGUCCAUUGCGGGAUCAAAGGUGUCUAGUCUGUCAGGUCACUCACAAAGGAAGUCCCAGGAUGUGGAGCAUGUUCAGUGCACAAACCAAAGGAGAUACUCCUACCAGGAGGGGCUACAGCAAGAAAAAACCCUGCUUCCAAACCCAAUGGAAGCCGGGAGGCCAUCAGUGUGUAAUAGCCGGGAGAAACCACAGGAGAAGGAGAGGGACCAAAUGAGAACAUGGAAGGAGAGAUCCAGGGAGCAGGAGAGGGAUGGAAUGUUGCAAGAAAUGGAGAUGCAGCAGGAGAAGGAAAGACAGGAGAGGGAACUAGAACUAGAAAGAGAGAGGCUCUGGGAGAAGGAACGUGAGGAGAGGGUGAGACGAUGGGACAGGGAACGUGAGAUGGAGCUUGAGUUGGAGAGAGCAAAGGAAAAGGAACGUCUUAAGAAAGAAAGAGAGGAAGAGCUGCAGAGAGAAAGGAAAGAGUUGUUCAGCAGUUCUUACGACAGAGAACGAGAUCACGACAUUCACGACCAGAACCCGCAGCACAAGUCUCACAGCAUAAGUCAAGUCUCACGAUCUGCAUUCUACCCAGUUAACCAACUGUCGCAGCCAUGUUUGCACCGGAGGAGCUACACUCCGACAGAAGCGCAGUAUCCUGCCCGGCAACAGGAAACAAGUAAGCUGAACAGGAAGUACAGCCUGACGGAGAGGGACUACAGCAGCUGGAGACGAGAGCAACACCAAGAGGCUCCCCACCAGGGAUCAUGGUACCCCGGGCAGCUAGACAGCGGCAGGGACAGUUGCAAUGGACACACAGUGGCUCCCCUCUCUCACAGGGGUCGCGCCAUGUCUGAAAAUGAUCUCCGCUUCAACCAGCACUGGACAGUAUAUUCCCCGACCGUCGGCCAGACACUGCGCGAAGUUGAGGAAAGACCAGCUGUUUUCCGGGGGGACACUGUACGCGGCGCACAGUUGACCAGCAGAAAGAAAAACCCUCCCCCGAGACCACCGCCGCCUAAGUGGGAGCAGUUCCACCGCAGGCGUGCGUCUCACCACAUGUUGUUCUGCUCUUCUUCUACAGCGCCUCCACAGCAUCCCUCCACUGAGCCCACAGAGCAUCUUAGUGUUGAAUCGUCCCGACAGAGGUCGUACAGCCUCCCCCCACAGAGACAGGAAGUGGCCGAGAACUGCCUGCGCUGCAGCCGCCACCAACCUCUGCCCUGUGAACCCGCUUUUCCCCACACCUCGUCCAGUCAGCAUCAGUUCUCGGAGCGUUCCUUCUCAACUGCCCCGCCCAGUCCCAUGUUCUGCCGGCAGGCUUUCAGGCCUGUGGUGCUAUCCCCUCAGGAGCGCGGGGGGAACUUGUACUUUCAGCAACAUGAGACAGUCACAGCGCCAACUGAGAUUUUGUGUCUAGACGAUCUAUCUCAGUCAGACACCAGUCAAAGUGAUCUUCACAAACCACUGGCCAACUUGAGACCUGAAGCCGGGUGGGACACAACACCGUGUCCCAGAAUUCCGAGCCACAAUGCAUGUUCACUUAUCUUGAAAGAUGGACACCUCGGUGGUGUCUUACCUUCUAGUGCCUCUUUUGUCCUGGACUACAAGCAGCAACAGCACAAUCUGGACCUACCAAGACCCACAGAAACCGGAACAGAAUCGGUGACUACCCUCAGCCCGAGCCCCUCGCACAGCCUGGAGGCAGAACUGGAUGUCCCCUUGGAAACAGACAUCGAUGACUUCCAGGAGGACGAGGGACUACCUGCCGAGGAUGAGUUGAUCACCAGCGAGCUCUCUUGCUUUGCCCUGCCUGUCACCGUCAUGGAGACAGAUAUCGACACCUUGACGGACAUACCGACCGAGCCGGUGGGCGAAGCCAGGAGGGAGGAGAUCGGCUCUUUGGAGGAAGAGCUGGAAAGCGGCAGGGAGGGCCUGAGCCUGGAGGAGCUCUUGAUCCAAGGCAGUGAGGGCGAGUCGGGCACAGAGAGAUGGAGGGGUGCCUUCCUCAAUGCACAACACAACACGGACAGCUUGGAUAGCAGGCGUUCCGGCGCGAGUUCCAGCUGCUCAUCCUAUUACAGCACGUCUGCGGCCAAGGCUCAGCUCCUGUCCCAGAUGAAGGACUUCAACGAUAACAAGGAGCAUGAAGAGGAGGAGCUCACCUACAAGAGACAGCUGAUGGAAAGCCUGCGCAAGAAGCUGGGGGUGUUGAGGGAAGCCCAGCGUGGACUUCAGGACGACAUCCGUGCCAACGCGCAGCUGGGCGAGGAGGUAGAGAGCAUGGCAGUGGCCGCGUGCAAGGCCAACGAGGUGGACAAGUUUCGCAUGUUCAUCGGCGACCUGGACAAGGUGGUCAGCCUGCUGCUGUCUCUGUCGGCCCGCCUGCUGCGGGUGGAGACCACGUUGGACACGCUGGACCCGGACACCGAAGAAGAUGAGAGGCUCCCCCUGCUGGAGAAGAAGCGCCAGCUCAUGAGGCAGCUGUCAGAGGCCCAGGACCUGAAGGACCACGUCGACCGCAGGGAGCAGGCUGUGAGCCGGGCCCUGGCCCGCUGUCUCUCUCCGGACCAGCACAGAGACUACAGCCACUUUGUGAAAAUGAAAGCCGCCCUGCUGGUGGAGCAGAAACAGCUGGAAGACAAGAUCCGGCUUGGAGAGGAGCAGCUAAGAGGACUGAGGGAGAGUCUGGGGCUUGGCCUUGGUCUGGGAAUGGGAAUGUCCAUGGGGUAUGGGCAAUACUGACUAAAUCCCGUAUAACAGCACAAAUGUAAAUAUGUCUCAGAGGUGCUUGCAAAAAAUGAGACCUCGAGGUUCCUGGACCAAAACGUGACUACGUCAACAUCUGAAAAGCCCUGAGGUUGCCAUGCGCACAAUCAAGAAUCCAAACGAUCUUGAAUUGGAGCCUCUUCGCCACUUCAAAACCAUGUUUACUUACCAUGAUGGAACUUGCACUGUGAGACACGAACACGUAUGUCGACCUCACUACCAGAGGGUUUGAUGUGGUGCUUCAUAUCAACAAAAAGAUCUACAGCAUUAUUUUGUGUUCUGUUGCUGGCUGACACUCUGUAAUCCAUGAUUUGUUCCCUCCAUAACAUCACGUUGUGUUUGAUUCCUGCAGCUGUUUCAUUUACUGUGUGGAGUUUGAGACUCCGGUCACACGCAUGUACAGAAAACCCUGGGGUAUACAUUGUGUAAAUAGUGGAUUUCAAUAGACUGGAAUGGCUUGUAUGAUAUGAUCAGAAAAACUAUGUAUAUUUGGAACUUUUGUCAAUUCCAUUUCAGAUCGUUCCUUUUUUUUAACUGCACAAAUGUACAGAAAGAAGCUCGGCUUAAACGGAAUUGAGCAAUGCAGAAAUUAAGGCAGAGUUUUUGUCCCCUGAGUUUGUUAUCCAGGUUUCAUCAUCCAUUAAACUUUGACAAAGUG